CUCUCUACUCUCUCUCAUAAAAUUCAUUAAACCUCAGCCCCCAAAACCCUGAAAACCCAGAGCAAGGAAAACCCCACCGUCGCAAAUUUCUGGUUUUGACAUUUAAUCAAACAGUUGGGCUGCGAUUCCCGCAUUUCAUCGAUCGGAUCCCGAGAUGGGGGGAAAGUCAAAUAGAGGGAAGAAUCGUAAAGGGUUGCAGCAAAGCGCUCCGAAUUCUGCAGAGCAGUCGGUCUCUUCUGAUCCCGUAAAUGAUAGUUCCAGUGACGUACAUGUUAAUGCUAAUGAAGAUAUAGAUUUGAGCGAAUCGGUGGAAGUACAGUCAGAGGUGAAGGAACAGGAUAAUGAAUCCCAAGAGCAUCUUGAGAAGCAAGCUGAUGUUCAUCUGUAUCCCGUUUCUGUAAUAACACAAGGAGGGGAGAAGCUUGAACUGCAGUUGAGUCCUGGAGAUUCUGUAAUGGAUGUUAGGCAGUUCCUUCUUGAUGCCCCAGAGACAUGUCCUGUCACUUGCUAUGAUUUGUUACUGCACACAAAGGAUGGUUCUGUGCAUCAUCUAGAAGACUACAAUGAAAUUUCUGAAGUUGCUAAUAUUACUUCGGGAGGCUGCUCUUUGGAGAUGGUUGCUGCAUUAUACGAUGAUCGAUCCAUCAGAGCUCAUGUUCACCGGACUAGAGAGUUACUUUCUCUUUCAACAUUGCAUUCUUCUUUGUCCACAACGCUUGCACUACAACAUGAGAUGAGUCGAAAUGCAUCUGCCAAUUCCAAUUCAGGAG